AUGGAAGAAGAAUCUCAAGAAUCACCUCGCAAAGACCCUACAGUUUUCUCUUCAUUGAAAGAAUUCGCGACACAUUCUUAUUUUAAUUUUCUUCUUAUAUUUAUCCCUUUGGGAAUUAUAGGAAAAUUUCUAGUUUGGUCAGACACAGUUGUUUUCAUUUUGAAUUUUUUGGCCAUUAUGCCUUUAGCGGAAUUGCUUAGUUUUGCAACCGAGGAAAUUGCUUUAAGGGCCGGUUCGACAGUGGGUGGAUUGUUAAGUGCUACAUUUGGAAAUGCAAUUGAACUUAUCAUAUCUAUUAUCGCACUUGAUGAAGGGCAUAAAGAACAGGAAUUCAAUUUGACUGCAGCGCAAACGACGUCAUCACUUUUGGCGUUGACAAUGCUCUCGCUUGUAAUUCCCGCCGCAUAUUCUUCAACUACCGAAAGUGAGAAAGCUGCUGCAUCGGGGGUGUUGAUUUUAAGUCAUGGGACGGCACAAGAAGAAAAAGAAUAUCCAAAAACCACACUUUUCGUAUCAUUUGCUGCUUUGCUCAUUAUAACGUGCUUUGUUACCGUAUGUGCUGAAUAUCUCGUCGAUAGUAUCGAUGGUUUGGUUGAAAGUUGGAAAAUUUCUACCACAUUUGUGGGUAUUAUAUUGAUUCCAAUUGUUGGCAACGCUGCUGAGCAUGUGAGCUCGGUAACUUUUGCAUUAAAAAAUAAAAUGAAUCUUUGUAUCCAGAUCGCUCUUGGAUCAAGCAUGCAAAUCGCGUUAGGAGUGACACCUGUCCUAAUAUUAAUUGGUUGGCUUAUUAACCAACCACUAACUUUAUUUUUUGAGACCUUUGAAACUUGCGUUUUAGUGGUUUCGGUUUUGAUUGUUAAUUAUUUGAUUCAGGAUGGUCGAUCAAACUGGCUUGAAGGCGCAAUGUUGUUGGUAAAUAUUUCUUUAACACCAACAGUGUUUAGGGACUGUGACAUUUGGG